UUUUUGCAUUAUCGAUACAGUUGCUUUAUCGAUGGGUAAACAAGAACUAAAUAAAACAUUUUGUUUCCAAGCAACGUACAUUUAAAAGUCACGACGACUUGUUGGGUUAUUUAAUUUUUGAUAUUUAUUCAAUUUACAAUAUGCCAAAAGCUGUGAAAAAUUUGCACGAAAACAUUAAAUACCACGCUAUAAGUAAAGGCGAAGCAGGCUGUUAUCAAUUACAUAGACCAUCGGAAUGUCGCCUCAAAUUUCCAAUCACGAAGCGUCCGAUCCACAAAUGCGAGCUCCCAAAACACGAAUACACCCUAGUUCCACAGCUCGGAGGCUGGAGGACUCUGAUGAUCCCAAAGACCUCACCCAACUUCUACCCAGCUGUUAUGAAGAAGGAUGAAUUUCAAAGAUUGAAGAAACAGGCUAAGAUAGUAACCAAAGAAGAGCAAUUACAAGCUAUGCACGAUCAAGAAGCUGCGAUCCAGAAAGCGGCCAAGGAGUCCGAAGAAAGAAAGCAAAGACUGAAGGAACAGCUCAAGCCGCAGCCUGGUGCGGAAGCCUCCGGUGCUACAGACCCUGAGUUGGAAGGACCAGAUCAAACUGCUUAUAAGUUAUCAAGAGCUGAAAUUCUUCGGGCAAAUAAUUACCAAGGACCAAGACUAUGCAAUCGCAUCAUACUCGCUUCCAAGUGUCAUGCCAUCCGUGACGCACAGAUCGCUGAAAAAGAACUCGUCAAGAAGGAACUCGAUGAGGAAGAACGCAGGUUGGAUGCGAUUAUGGAAGAAAAUCGAGUGGCUGCUGUACGUCGAGCUGAAGAAGACGAAGACAGAAGACAUCACCUCCGAUUGCAAAAUCUAGCUGCCUUGAAGGAGCAGAUCAAAGCACAUGAGACGUCUAAGAUAAUGGAGGCAGAACGUAUAGAAGAAGAAAGCAUUAGAGUGAAUCAAGCGAACAUCGCCAUGCAAAUAGAUGAGGCACAAAAGCUCAAAGAGAAGCAAGGGAGACAGGCCAAGCUUAAGGAAAUUCUAGAUCAAGGCAACGCGGAACUGCUCUAUUACAAACAACUACAAAAUGAGGAAGAGCGUAUCAUGGAUCUUCGCAUCGCAAACUUUCUGAAACAGAAGCAAGAGCGCGAAGCGAAGAACAGGGCAGAGGCGGAAGCCGUUAAAGCGGCUAAGCAAAAAGGCAUCGACCACAUCGCUAAAGCACAAAAGGCGGAACAAGAACUCAAAGAAGAAUUGGAACGUAUCCGCAAUCUGAAGAUCCAAGAGGAUGUUGAACGUGAAUACAGACGGAAAGAGCGGGAGGCCGCCAUUAAGAGGAACAGAGAAAUGAAGCGAUUGCAUGAAGCAAGAGUCCAGCAGAUUACCGAUAUUCAUCGUUUAAUCGCUAGAGAGAUAGCAAAAGACGAGCAGAGCUUCAACAACGCGGCUCGACAGAACGAGGAGUUCAUUCGUAAAGAGAAACAGUUGGAAGACAAACGCAAGGCGCGUGUUGAACAACAUCGUCAAGAAAUUAUGAAGCAAAUCAACGACAAGGAACGUGCUCGUGCCGAACUUCGUGAAAAGAUUCACAAUGAAGGCGUCGCCUUACGCAUGGAGCAAGAACAACAAGAAAAGUAUGAGAGAAGAGUCAUCAAGCAGAAGGUGGCAGACAUGAGACAACAGAAAGUAGCUGAGAAGUAUGUUAAGGAAGUGGAACAGACACUCGGCAAACACGGAUAUUGAUAUAUUUUUUGCACACGUGUGAUACUGUUUAAUGAGUUAUUAAUUAUUACCUACAAGGUUAAUA